AUGGGGGCCGCCGCCGGCCGGAGCGCCCACCUGGGGCCCGCGCCUGCCGGCCGCCCGCCGCGCUCCCUGCUGCUGCUGCAGCUGCUGCUGCUCGUCGCUGCCCCGGGGGCCACGCAGGCCGAGGCCGUCGAGUUCCCCGAGCUGUGCAGUUAUACAUGGGAAGCUGUUGAUACUGCAAAUAACAUACUUUAUAAAAUCAACGUCUGUGGAAAUGUGAAUAUUGCCCAGUGUGGGCCAUCAAGUGCUGUCUGUAUGCACGACUUGAAGACAAACAGUUACCGUUCAGUGGGUAGCUCUGUUUUGAGAAGUACAACCACAUCUAUUCUGGAAUUCAACACAACAAUGAACUGUGAGAAGCAGAGCACGAGUCACAAAAUCCAGAGUAGCAUCACUUUCCUCUGUGGGAAAACCCUGGGAACCCCUGAAUUUGUAACUGCGACAGAAUGUGUGCACUACUUUGAGUGGAGGACCACUGCAGCCUGCAAGAAAGACAUAUUUAAAGCUGAUAAGGAGGUGCCUUGCUAUGCAUUUGAUGAAGAGUUAAGGAAGCAUGACUUAAACCCACUAAUCAAGCUUAGUGGCGGCUACUUGGUGGAUGACUCUGAUCCGGACACUUCUCUGUUCAUCAAUGUCUGCAGAGACAUAGACUCGCUACGGGACCCAGGUUCACAGCUACAUGCCUGUCCCGCUGGGACUGCCGCCUGCCUGGUGAGAGGGGACGAGGCGUUUGACGUCGGCCAACCCAAGGAGGGGCUGAAGUUGGUGGGCAAGGACAGGCUUGUCCUGAGUUAUGUGAAGGAAGAGGGAGAAAAGCUCGAUUUUUGUGAUGGCCACAGCCCAGCAGUGACUAUUACAUUUGUUUGCCCGUCAGAGCGGAGAGAGGGCACCAUUCCCAAGCUCACUGCUAAAUCCAAUUGCCGCUAUGAGAUUGAGUGGGUUACUGAGUACGCCUGCCACAGAGAUUACCUGGAAAGUAAAACCUGCUCUCUGAGCAGCGAGCAGCAGGAUGUGACCAUUGACCUCAGGCCCCUGGCCCAGGAGGGCAAAGUCUAUCAUUCGGAUGGAAAAGAAUACAUGUUUCAUUUGAAUGUCUGUGGAGGAACUGAAACGCAGAUCUGCAAUAAGAAAGACACUGCAGUUUGCCAAAUUAAAAAGACCGAUUCCACUCAAGUCAAAGUAGCAGGAAGAUACCAGACUCAAACCCUCCGAUAUUCUGAUGGAGACCUCACCUUGUUAUAUUUUGGAGGCGACGAAUGCAGCUCAGGCUUUCAGCGGAUGAGUGUCAUAAACUUUGAGUGCAAUAAGACUGCCGGUAACGAUGGCAGAGGGUCUCCCGUGUUCACCGGAGAGGUCGACUGCACCUACUUCUUCACGUGGGACACGAAAUACGCUUGUGUCAAAGAGAAGGAAGACCUCCUCUGCGGUGCCACCGACGGGGAAAAGCGCUACGACCUGUCCGCGCUGGCCCGCCACUCAGAACCGGAACAGAAUUGGGAAGCGGUGGAUGGCAGCCAGACGGAAACAGAAAAGCAGCAUUUUUUCAUUAAUAUCUGCCACAGAGUGCUGCGGGAAGGCAAGGCGAGAGGCUGUCCUGAGGAUGCGGCCGUGUGCGCAGUGGAUAAGAAUGGAAGUAAAAAUCUGGGAAAGUUUAUUUCUUCUCCCACAAAAGAGAAAGGAAACAUUCAACUCUCUUAUUCAGAUGGUGACGAUUGUGGUGAUGGCAAGAAAAUAAGAACUAAUAUCACACUUGUGUGCAAGCCAGGUGAUCUAGAAAGCGCUCCAGUGUUCAGAACUUCAGGGGACAGUGGCUGCUUCUAUGAGUUCGAGUGGCACACGGCUGCUGCCUGCGUGCUGUCUAAGACGGAAGGAGAAAACUGCACGGUCUUCGACUCCCAGGCAGGGUUUUCUUUUGAUUUGUCACCCCUCACAAAGAAAAGCGGUGCCUAUAAAGUUGAGACACGGAAGUAUGACUUUUACAUAAACGUCUGUGGUGCAGUGUCGGCGGGCUCCUGUCAGCCCGGCUCGGGGGCCUGUCAGGUGGCCAGAAGUGAUAAGAAGACUUGGAACUUGGGACUGAGUAAUACUAAGCUCUCAUAUUACGAUGGGAUGAUCCAGCUGAACUACAAGGAUGGCACGCCCUACAAUAAUGAAAGGCACACACCACGAUCCACCCUGAUCACUUUUCUCUGCGAUCGAGAUGCUGGAGUAGGCUUCCCUGAGUAUCAGGAAGAGGACAACUCUACCUACAACUUCCGGUGGUACACCAGUUACGCCUGCCCGGAGGAGCCCCUGGAGUGUGUGGUGACCGACCCCUCCACACUGGAGCAGUACGAUCUUUCCAGGCUAGCAAAAUCUGAAGGCGGUCGUGGAGGAAACUGGUACGCCAUGGACACCUCGGGGGAACACGUCACCUGGAGGAAGUACUACAUCAACGUGUGUCGGCCUCUGAAUCCGGUGCCGGGCUGUGACCGGUACGCGUCGGCAUGCCAGAUGAAAUAUGAAAAGGAUCAAGAUUCCUUUGCUGAAGCAGUCUCCAUCAGUAACCUGGGAAUGGCAAGGACAGGCCCUGUGAUCGAGGACAGUGGCAGCCUUCUCCUGGAGUACGUGAAUGGCUCCGCCUGCACCACCAGCGAUGGCAGACUGACCACCUACACCACGAGGAUCCACCUCGUCUGUUCCCGCGGCAGCCUGAACAGCCAUCCCAUCUUUUCUCUCAACUGGGAGUGUGUGGUCAGUUUCCUGUGGAAUACGGAGGCUGCCUGUCCUGUUCAGACGACGACAGAUACUGAGCAGGCUUGCUCUAUAAGGGACCCCAACACUGGAUUUGUGUUUAAUCUGAGCCCACUAAACAGUUCCCAAGGAUACGUGCUCUUAGCCAUUGGGAAGACUUUUGUGUUCAAUGUCUGCGGCACGAUGCCAGUGUGUGGGACCGUCGAUGGGAAACCUGCUUCUGGCUGUGAGGGGGACACCGAGACGGAAGACCUAAAGGACCUGAGGCCGGAAAGGCCAGUGGGAUUCGAGAAAAGCCUCCAGUUGUCCACGGAGGGCUUCAUAACUCUCACCUACAAAGGGCCUCUUUCUGCCACCAAAGGUACCUCGGAUGCUUUUAUCAUCCGCUUUAUUUGCAAUGAUGACGUUUACCCAGGGACCGCUAAAUUCCUGCAUCAAGACAUCGACUCUGGACGAGGGAUCCGGGACACUUUCUUUGAAAUUGAAACUGCAUUGGCCUGUGUUCCUUCCCCAGUGGAUUGCCAAGUCACCGACUCGGCUGGAAACGAGUAUGACCUGAGUGGCCUGAGCUCAGUCCGGAAGCCGUGGACUGCCGUCGACACCUCAGCUGAUGGGAAAAAGAGGACUUUCUACUUGAGCGUUUGCAGUCCCCUGCCUUACAUCCCCGACUGCCACGGCAGUGCGGUGGGCUCUUGCCUAGUAUCAGAAGCCAACAGCUGGAACUUGGGUGUGGUACAGAUCAGUCCUCAGGUUGCGGCGAAUGGAUCCCUGACCAUCGUGUAUGUCAACGGCGACAAGUGUGGGACCCAGCGCUUCUCCACCAGGAUCACGUUUGAGUGUGCUCAGAUAUCAGGCUCCCCGACGUUCCAGCUCCUGGAUGACUGCGAGUACGUGUUUGUCUGGAGAACGGUGGAAGCCUGUCCCGUUGUCAGAGUGGAAGGAGACAACUGCGAGGUGAAGGACCCAAGGCACGGCAGCCUGUAUGACCUGAAGCCCCUGGCCCUCAAUGACACCAUCGUGCGCGCCGGCGAGUACAACUAUUACUUCCGGGUCUGCGGGAAGCUCUCCUCGGGGGUCUGCCUCACUGGCGACAGGUCUAAGGUGGUCUCCUCGUGUCAGGAGAAGCCAGGACUGCAAGGCUUUCAGAGAGUGGCAGGUCUCCUCACUCAGAAGGUGACUUAUGAAAACGGGUUGUUGAAAAUAAACUACACUGGAGGGGACACGUGCCAUAAGGUGUACCAGCGCUCCACGACCAUCUUCUUCUACUGCGACCGCAGCACCCAGAAGCCAGUAUUUCUAAAGGAGACUUCAGAUUGUUCCUACCUGUUCGAGUGGCGGACGCAGUAUGCCUGCCCACCUUUUGACCUGACAGAGUGUUCGUUCAAAGACGCGGCUGGCAACUCCUUUGACCUGUCAUCCCUGUCGAGAUACAGUGACAACUGGGAAGCUGUCACUAGUACGGGGGCCACGGAGCACUACCUCAUCAACGUGUGCAAGUCUCUGUCCCCACAGGCUGGCACCGAGCCGUGUCCUCCAGAAGCAGCUGCGUGUCUGCUGAGUGGCUCCAAGCCUGUGAACCUUGGCAGGGUGAGGGACGGGCCUCAGUGGAUAGAUGGUGUGAUCGUCCUGAAGUAUGUCGACGGCGACCCGUGCCCAGACCAGAUUCGGAAAAAGUCCACCACCAUCCGGUUCACCUGCAGUGAGAACCAAGUGAACUCCAGGCCCAUGUUCAUCAGCGCCGUGGAGGACUGUGAGUACACCUUCUCCUGGCCCACGGCUGCUGCCUGUGCGGUGAAAAGCAAUGUGCACGACGACUGCCAGGUCACCAACCCCAGCACAGGACACCUGUUCGAUCUGAGCUCCCUGGGUGGCAGGGCAGGAUUCACAGCUGCCUACAGCGAGAAGGGGCUGGUGUACAUGAGCAUCUGCGGGGAAAACGAGAACUGCCCUCCCGGUGUGGGGGCCUGCUUUGGUCAGACCAGGAUCAGCGUCGGCAAGGCCAGCAAGAGGCUGACGUAUGCGGACCAGGUCUUGCGGCUGGUGUACGAGGACGGGUCCCCUUGUCCCUCCAAAUCCGGCCUGAGCUACAAGAGUGUGAUCAGCUUUGUAUGUAGGCCUGAGCCCGGGCCGGCCAAUAGGCCCAUGCUCAUCUCCCUGGACAAGCAGACGUGCACGCUCUUCUUCUCCUGGCACACGCCGCUGGCCUGUGAGCAGGCGACGGAAUGUUCCGUGAGGAACGGAAGCUCUAUCAUUGACUUGUCCCCUCUCAUCCACCGCACCGGCGGGUACGAAGCAUAUGACGAGAGUGAGGAUGACGCUUCCUACACCAGCCCCGACUUCUACAUCAACAUCUGCCAGCCGCUGAACCCCAUGCACGGGGUGCCGUGUCCCGCGGGAGCCGCCGUGUGCAAAGUCCCUGUGGACGGUCCCCCCAUAGAUAUUGGCCGGGUUGCAGGACCUCCAAUACUCAAUCCAGUAGCAAAAGAAGUUUACUUGAAUUUUGAAAGCAGCACUCCCUGCUUAGCAGACAAGCAUUUCAACUACACCUCCCUCAUCGCGUUUCACUGCAAGAGAGGAGUGAGCAUGGGGACGCCGAAGCUGUUAAGGACCAGUGAGUGUGACUUUGUGUUCGAGUGGGAGACGCCGAUCGUCUGUCCUGACGAAGUGAGGACCGAGGGCUGUGCCCUGACCGAUGAGCAGCUGCUCUACAGCUUCAACCUGUCCAGCCUUUCCAAAAGCACCUUUAAGGUGACUCGAGACUUGCGCACGUACAGCGUGGGGGUGUGCACCGCGGCCGCCGGGCCGGACCAAGGAGGCUGUAAGGACGGCGGCGUGUGUCUGCUCUCGGGGAGCAAGGGGGUGUCGUUUGGACGGCUGGCGUCCAUGAAGCUGGAUUACAGGCACCAGGACGAGGCGGUCAUUUUAAGUUACAUGAAUGGUGAUGUUUGUCCUCCAGAAACGGACGAAGGUGUCCCCUGUGUCUUCCCCUUCAUAUUCAACGGGAAGAGCUACGAGGAGUGUGUCGUGGAGGGAAGGGCGAAGCUCUGGUGCAGCACGACUGCAAACUACGACCGGGACCGCGAGUGGGGCUUCUGCAGACACUCAAAAAGCCACCGGACUUCUACGAUCAUAUUUAAGUGCGAUGAAGAUGAGGACAUUGGAAGGCCACAAGUCUUCAGUGAAGUUCGUGGGUGUGAGGUGACAUUUGAGUGGAAGACGAAAGUCGUCUGUCCUCCCACGAAGAUGGAGUGCAAAUUCGUUCAGAAGCACAAGACCUACGACCUGCGGCUGCUGUCGUCCCUCACUGGGUCCUGGUCCCUGGUCCACGAGGGAGCCUGGUACUAUGUAAAUUUGUGCCAGAGGAUACAUAAAGGCCCCCUUGACUGUCCCGAAAGAGCCAGCGUUUGCAGAAAGAGCCCGACUGGUGAGGUCCAGGUCUUGGGACUCAUUCACACACAGAAGCUGGAUGUCAAAGAUGACAGAGUGAUUGUCACGUACUCAAAAGGUUAUCCAUGUGGUGACAAUAAGACCACGUCCACUGUGAUAGAAUUGACCUGUGCGAAGACGGUGGGCAGACCUGCCUUCGAGAGGUUUGACAUCGACAGCUGCACUUACUACUUCAGCUGGGACUCUCGAGCCGCCUGUGCCGUGAAGCCCCAGGAGGUGCGGAUGGUGAACGGGACGAUCACCAACCCUAUAAAUGGCAAGAGCUUCAGCCUCGGGGAUAUUUAUUUUAAGCUGUUCAGAGCCUCUGGGGACAUGAGAACCAAUGGGGACAACUACCUGUACGAAAUCCAGCUUUCCACCAUCACAAGCUCCAGGAACCCUGCCUGCUCCGGAGCCAACAUAUGCCAAGUCAAGCCUAACGAUCAGCACUUCAGUAGGAAAGUUGGGACCUCAGAUAAAACCAAAUACUACGUUCAAGAUGGUGAUCUUGACGUCGUGUUUGCCUCUUCCUCUAAGUGUGGGAAAGAUAAGACAAAGUCUGUCUCUUCCACCAUCUUCUUCCACUGCGACCCGCUGGUGAAGGAUGGGAUCCCCGAGUUCAGCCACGAGACAGCUGACUGCCAGUACCUCUUCUCCUGGUACACCUCGGCCGUGUGUCCGCUGGGGGACACUGAGGAUGCUGGGGACAACGGGCAGGCGUCCAGGGGGCUCUCGGAGCGGAGCCAGGCCGUCGGGGCAGUCCUGAGCCUGCUUCUGGUGGCGCUCACGGGCUGCCUGCUGGGCCUGCUGCUGUACAAGAAGGAAAGGAGGGAAACAGUGAUGAGUAAGCUAACCAAUUGCUGUAGAAGAAGUUCAAACGUGUCCUACAAAUACUCAAAGGUGAACAAGGAGGAGGAGGCAGAUGAGAACGAAACGGAGUGGCUGAUGGAGGAGAUCCAGCUGCCAGCUCCAAGGCCGGGGAAGGAAGGGCAGGAGAACGGCCACAUCACCACCAAGUCCGUGAAAGCCGAGGCCCUCAGCUCCCUGCGUGGGGACGACCAGGACAGCGAGGACGAGGUUCUGACCAUCCCGGAGGUGAAAGUUCACUCGGGCAGGGGAGGUGGGGCAGAAAGCUCCCACCCGGCGAGAAACCCACAGAGGAAGGCCCCCGGCGAGCAGGCGGACGACCGGGCAGGGCUGGUGACGGGGGAGAGGGCGAGAAGGGGGAAGCCCAAGUCUGCACAGCGGAAGGCGGGGGCCUCCCCGGCGCUGGUGUCCUUCCACGACGACAGCGACGAGGACCUCUUACACAUCUGACUCCCAGUGCCCGUGGGGCGUGGAGCCGGGACAGCCAAGCACCUCCAACCAAAUAAGACUUCAGCUCGAUGACGCUUCGAUAACUUUGCCUUUAACAAAAACUGUCUCAAAAGGGAAGAGUUUUUGUGCUGGAGGAGAGGGUGAGGGAGGUCAGGCCCUGCUCCUUCACGAGUGUUUACAGUCGCUGGAGUAAGGCGUGGCCCGGUCGGCCACGGGGCGGUGCCUCAUGCCCGGGGUUUUGCCCCAAGUCCUCAUUUGCGAGCUUAAGGCCAGACACAUCUCAGAAUAGAGGGCUGCAUUUGAAACAAACCCUUGCUGCUUUAGGCCCUGUAGGGUAUCUGACCAUUAUAUUUUAGCAUUUUAUUCUCUCCCCCUAUUUAUUGACUUUGACAAUUACUCAGGUUUGAGAAAAAGGAAAAAAGAAAACAGCAACAGUUUCUUCCUGCCGGCAGGGGUGUCAUGUACCGGUUCAUCCAUUCUGAGAAGGGGAGGCUGUCAGUGUGCUGGGACGUUUCUUGUGGAAUUUCGAACUGGCGGUUACUGUGUCCCCUGAGUUGGAAUACUCAUUCUGUGUCUUUUCUCUUUUGCUUUCUGUUUCUCAAAGGGCACACGCAUGUGCUCACGCGCACACACACACGUAUGUGCACAGGGUCCCCGAGUGCCUAGGUUUUGGAGGGUUCUCCUGUUCUAUGCCUUCAGUCAGGAACGGCUGCGGCUUUGCAUGACAUCUUCAACCCUAGGUGUACAGAGCACAUUCAUCAGUAUUUCUUUCACCGGCUGGUGAAGUCAAACAACCCACCCAAAGAUUGAUUUUUGUGUGUGUGAGAGUGGAGUUCAGAUGUCAGAGAAAAUAACUUUUCCAGAUUUGGGGUAUAGGUCUCAUCUCUUCAGGUUCUCAUGAUACCACCUUUACUGUGCUUAUUUUUUUAAGAAAAAAAUGUUUAUCAACCAUUCGACCUAUAAGAAGCCUUAAUUUGCACAGUGUGACUUACGGAAAUUGCAUGAAAAAUGAUGGGCCCGAGUCUCGCCCCUGGCAUCGCACUUGGAUUCGUGGGGAUGAGGCGGAGGGGCCGCUCAGUGUUGUGCGGGGAAGGGCACGGCAUGGGGGGCUCCCCUACCGGGGUCUGCUCCCUUCUAAAAGUGUUUGAGUGACUUUUCUCACAUUAUGGAGUUGUAUAUAGACUCGAUGGUAUUCAUAUACUGAAAAGCAAACCGCCCUACAGAAUCCCUUGGUUUGUACCGGUUUGGCUGGCUUAUUUGAUUUCAACAUGAGUGUAUUUUUUAAAAUUGAUUUUUCUCUUUUUUUUUUUCAAUCAACUUUACUGUAAUAUAAAUUAUUCAGCAAUUUCAAUAAAAGAUAAAUUAUUAA